AUGCCAUUCCUUCUCUUUUCCAGUCGCAUCCAAGUGCAGCUGGGGAAACAUAACCUGGAACUCACAGAAUCGACAGAGCAGUUCAUUAAUUCAGCUAAAGUCAUCCGCCACCCUGGCUACAGCUCCAUGACACUGGACAAUGACAUCAUGCUCAUCAAGCUUGACGUACCAGCCCAGCUCAACCGAGCUGUCCAAACGGUUCCUCUGCCUACCAGCUGUGUGGCCACAGGCACCACAUGCCUAAUCUCAGGCUGGGGCAACACACUCAGCAAUGGCAAUCUGUAUCCAGACACCUUGCAGUGCCUGAAGGCUCCCGUACUCUCCUCAAGCGAGUGCUCCAGCGCCUACCCUCGGCAAAUUACCAAGAACAUGAUGUGCGUAGGAUUCAUGGAGGGAGGGAAAGACUCCUGCCAGGGAGAUUCCGGUGGUCCAGUGGUCUGCAACGGGCAGCUCCAGGGCAUUGUUUCCUGGGGUAUUGGAUGUGCGCAGAGAGGCUAUCCCGGGGUUUACACUAAGGUUUGCAACUAUGUCUCCUGGAUCCGAGACACUAUGUCUGCCAACUGA